UUUCCGAGCUCUGUUAGAGAUAGUCUGCUCAUUUUUACAUGUGUAAGAUAUCAAGCUGUUAUGUGUACUUAUAUAUUUUUUUCUAUUAAAAAAGAGAAGUAAUGUAAAGUUCGUCAGAAACAUUCUAAAUGAUAACGUGAGAGAUAAAUUUUAAUUAUGUAUAUUAGUUGACAAUAAUUGAAAUCAACAUUCCACUGGUGUUUUUGAACGAGUUCAAGCGACUAUACAUACUUUUUUCAUUUCGUAUUUUACAUUUUCAAAAUUACACACCGCUUUUUAUAGACAAUGACUAAGAAUUUAAUAACAAAUGUUGAUCCAUUCAGUGAAAUGAUUCUUGAAGAUGAUGAUAAUACAGAAGAAGUUCCGAUGGAAAAAUCUGAAGCGGUUGAUAAAGUGAAAGGGUCGACUGCCGAAAUCCAAUAUGCAGUUCCUCUAUCUCUUGAAGAAGUACGUUGGUUUUAUUGUGUAAACAAAAGAUGGACUGAAUUUUGUGGAUACGAUAGUUUAAGAAUUGAGGAGGUAUGGAGAAAUGGAAGCACGUUCGCAGAUAGCGAGUCUUGCGAAAACAAUAAAUUACAUAUUGACGAAAGAAUUGUUGUCCGAGGUGGAAUGUACGAUGUGGACUUGAAUAAAAUGAAAUGUCUAUCUAUAUACUGGCCAGGUGAAGAAUGGGACAUAAUGCGUGGGACAUGGUUCUACGAUAGCAGUUGGAUACCUUUAGAAACAGAGCAUUCGGAAAUAAUAGAAAAAGUACAUCUUAGAUUUUUUCAACAUCAAAAACUCACGCAAUCAAAUUCUGAACCCGAAUUAGGAUCAACUUCACAUGCUUUUAAAGUAUUGCAUACAGAACACUUUCCUGCCUUUCGUGUUGAUUGGCUUGCAAUAAAUGAUGUAACUUUAUACAGCGAGUAUACACCCUCCAAAUUAAUGCGAAGCGUUACAUCGAAAUUUGGUUUUACUAAAUCCACUGGUUACCAACUACGAAGAGGGUAUAAACAACUUGCAACAUUGGAUGACAAACCAAAUGACAUUGACCAUUUAGUGUUUGUCGUGCACGGAAUCGGCCAGAAAAGAGAUACUGGAAAAAUAAUUCGAAAUACAACUGCAUUCAGAGAGUGUGUGGAAUGGUUGUUACCUAGAUAUUUCCCAAAAUUUACGCAAAGAGUUGAAUUUUUCCCUGUUGAGUGGCGAUCGUCAUUGAAAUUAGAUGGAGAUAUUGUUGAUGCCAUUACUCCGUAUAGUGUUUUAAGUAUUCGCAAUCUUUUGAACACAUCUGCAAUGGAUAUUUUAUAUUAUACAAGUCCUCUUUAUGGAGGUGAAGUUAGAAGUGGUCUUCAACAAGAAUUAAAUAGGUUAUACUCAAUGUUUAUUAAUCGACAUCCUGGAUGGAAAGGCAAAGUGUCGAUAUUAGCACAUUCAUUAGGUUGUGUUAUUGUGUACGAUAUUGUCACAGGCUGGAUGGGCUAUGAUACACAAUUCUCUUUUCCGUUAUCGUCAUGCCAAGGACUUCAAUUUUCUAUUGAAAACCUUUUUUGCCUCGGUUCUCCUUUGUCAGUAUUUUUAGCUCUACGAACACGUGCACCAUCAAAUAGAUUAGAAGUAAUGCCUGAAAAAUUGUGUAAAAGAUUUUAUAAUAUAUUUCAUUGGUCUGAUCCAGUAGCAUAUCGAAUGGAACCCUUAUUAGAGAAGGCGUACAGUAAAAUUGAACCAGUUUUGAUCCCAUCAUAUGGUGGUCAGCAACUAUUCAACAAUCAACAACAGUCGGAAGAACAAGAACCAGAUGUUCCAGAAAUGGAAGAUGAAAGACCGAACGUAGACUUUGUACAUGAACAAAUGCAGCAAGUCCCCACUGAAGCAGAUGAUAAACAAAAUAUAUCACUUCAAGAAUUUAAAGAUUUUUGUGCAGAUGUUGACAAAAAUAAUAGUUCUUCUGAUACAUCUAAUCGAAAUGUUGAAAAAGGCUGGAGCCUAUGGAGCAUAGUGCGAGCUGGUUGGAUCGCAAAAGAUGGUGCUUCUUCUCCUACACCAGAAGUAAAUUCUUCUUUUCAGCCUCAUGAAGUACGAUUAAUCAAAGAAGUAGCUCUUUCACACGCGUGAACCCAAAGAAAUUUUGGAAGUUUACUAGCUGAAAGCAUUGAACGAGCCAAUUCAAUCAUCACAGUGCACAGUGGGACCAAACUGCAAUUUACUGUUCAUAAUAGUCUA